AUGAUAGGCCCUCCGGUCUCCGAGCUCCGUCGAGAUGGCCGCCGUUGCGGCCUCACAGCAGGUGGUCGUGAGGUGUUCAGCAGCUCGUCAAUGGCGGACGACGUGCAACAUGCCCUCACCCAGUAUUUCUUUUCAAGGAAACAUCUUGAAGCCGUGCUAAUAUCCUUUAGAACAAUGCGUUUCCAGUCGAUCUACGGCCAAUCUGCAUUUGAGGGGCUAAGAAGGCAAAGAACAUUACACAUUGCCAAGAAAAAACCAGCAGAAAAUAUGACAAUCGAUGCUCUAAAUGACUUGUCUGGCCGUGAUUUCAAGAUUCCGAACUGGGCCACCACAUUCCCAAAUCAUGAAAGAAGGAAUCUUCACUGGAACAGAUUUAAAACAAAAAAUGUUUCUAUCUACUGUCUCGAACGUAUGGCUCUCUGA